UAGAAUUUUGGCAAGGACGGUUCAUGUUAUGUAUCUACUGUUAGCGUUACACUGAUUGGUAGAGAACAUGGACUUUUCUGAUGAAGAUCUUCGGCUUAUAUCUAAAGGUGUACAGAAGUAUAUUACUGAAGGGAAUUCACAGGAUGUUAUAUCAAACCUGCAGAACUUUACUCCAGAACAAAUGAGGUAUAUUGUAAACCACAAAAUAAAUGGCAAAUCGAGUAUGAUAGUAGCGUGUCAAAUUGGAAACUUCGAGGUUGUGAAAUUUCUCGUAGAAGAAUGUUUUGUAGACUUAGAGCAAAAAGGACUAACUCGUAUACACGGAGUCUUUGUAGAUGCCACGCCUGUUUGGAUAGCCGCCAAAUGUAAGCAAAAUGAGAUUAUGACAUACCUCACAGAAAAGGGAGCAGACUUAAACAAUCCAGGAUCGGAGCUGGCUUUGGUACAUGUAGCCUGUCAAGAUGGUAAUACAACACUCGUUGAGUUUUUGGCUGCAAACGGUGCAGAUCUAAAUCUUCCAGACAAAGACAAUAAACGAUGUAUUCAAAAAUCAUUAAACAAACCGGAAGUAUUACGAUGUCUGGUAUCUAAUGGUGCAGACGUUAAUGUUCUUUUUGGUAAAAGACCCCUUUUGCACUCUGCAAUUCAACAAGAUUUGUUAGAAGCUGUAGAUAUACUUUUAAAUGGAGAUAUAGACUUACAUGCAACAGAUUUUGAUAAAACAACAGCAUUACAACUUGCUGCCAUAGGUUAUAAAGUUGACAUUACCGAACUUUUAAUGUCGAAACUUGAUCUGACCCGUUCAACUACGAUAGAAACAUACGAACUGCUAGGUGCUGCAGCUGUAGAAAACAAGGAUAUCGAAAGAGCUUGCGAGCUUUGGUGGAACGCCAUAUCGAUGCAGAUUGACGAACCAAUAGAAUUUCUUUAUAAUACAGACAUUUUACGCUCCAUUAUUGGAGGAUAUCCUGAACCAAAAUCUAUCAAAGAACUACAGGAAACUGCCUCAUCAUACCCGACACGUCUGAAAGUGCGUGCAUUAAUUGUUCGUGAGAGGUUUCUAGGACCGUAUCAUACUGAUAAUGUCUUUAAACUGAUAUUACAUGGCAUGGAGAUAGCAGGUGAAAAACUGUAUGAGAAAGCAUUCCAAAUACUUCAAUGUGCAUACACCCGAAUGGUCGAACGACACGGCUUACUUAUCAAAGUUGAAUUAUAUAUCAUAACCCAGAUAGCAUCUGUUUGCAGUUGCAUUAUGCUUGAGUACAUGGAGAAAAGGCAUGGAUUUAUACCAGUCGGUCAGUUGUUUUCUCUGGUAAUGGACGUUGUUGAUCAGUUAGAAGAAGGAACAAAAUUGAUUAAAAAAGAUCCAGAGAAAUUCGGUGGCAAAAGUCCAGCUGUGUACCAAGACAUGAUGCAUGUAUUGGUCGAUAUUUUGUACCUUACCUACAGAAUGGAUCAGGUAACAGAUAAUCGCACAUUCAUGAACUGUCUAUAUAGAGUAAUAUGUAUAAACCCAACUGGUACCAAUGGAAAUUCAAUACUUCAUUUAUCUCUUAGCCGACAUCCAAAUAUGAAAUUACACACAGACAGACCAAAGUUUGGUAACUGGCAUUAUGUCUUGGCAGAAAUGUUACUUCAGAAUGGAAUGAAUCCAAAUGCCAGGAAUAAAGAUGGCGAAACACCCCUCCAUAUUUAUCUACGUCAUGCAAAUAAUACCUGCCAAAUAAACACGGACAUAGUGAAUCUUUUACGUCAUCAUGGAGCUCAUAUCGAUAUUUGUGACGAAUAUGGAGUAAGUCUGUUCGCAUCAGCCAAACUUGUUGGUGUCAAAAUCGAUCUGGUUAAAGAUUGUUCUUUGAUGUGUUUAGCUGCACAUACAUUAAUACGUCACAAAAUUCCAUAUGAAGAAGAACUCCCGGGCUUUUUAAUUGAUUUUGUGCGAAUGCAUAUGUGUACAAGGACGAAAGGCAUAAUUUAGAAUUAUUUCAAUGUAUUUCGUGAAAAAAGUUUGAAUGUCAACGGAAGGUGAUGUUAACUCCUCUAAUCAGUCAAUUGAACACCAAGACUCCUUUGUACAACAUUGAUUUGCUUUCAUAUAAUAUAUUGAUAAUCCCUUUGUCAUGUUACUCGUUUCUUAUAAUUUAGUUGCACUAUUCUUAUAAUUAUUUUCUGUUCAAAUCAUGAAAUAUUAGUAACUAUUUAUUUACCUUUGAUCUGAAAUAUAUGUCUAAAAUAUUAUUUAAUCUGUUUUAUUUGAGUCAAAAAUAUGAAAUAAAUAACCACACAUC